CUCAUACUUCUCACAGCUCACAGCACUAUACGAUUAUUAGGUAUAUCAGCGAGUAUUAAGCUUAUAGGUAUCAGUAUUGCGACGUCUAUCAAUUAUAGUGCUUGUGCCAAGUUCGAUAAAAUAAAUAAAUUAAACAUGGGUUCCCUGACAAUAGUGGUGGGCGUUUUCGCAGUUUUCUUCAUCAUCAGCUACACUGAAGCUGCGGGCAGCUGUCCCCUGCCCUCGAAGGUGUACGGUUGCAGUCCCAAGUGCCACCAGGCCUACGACUGCAGUCACGGCAAGCAGUGCUGCCCCAACAGCUGCAACGCUAAGUCCUGUGUCGAUGUCGCGGCCUAUGGAGGAGGGAACAACGGCAAGGAUAGGCAACAAUCUGGCGGCGCAGGAGUGUAUUGUGGCAACCAGAAGUGCAGUCCAUUCGAGGUUUGCAAGCCCGACCCCAACACCAGGAAGAUGAAGUGCACUCGAGCGUAGACAUAAAUACUUACUCAUCAUCAUCAGCCUGUGGACGUCCACUGUUGGGCAUAGGCCUUGCCUAAAGAGCGCCACCACACCUGAUCCUCACCACUACUUGUACCACCAAUGCUUACUCAAUCUUUUAAUAUCAAUCCAUACGUACUGGCUACUGUACACAUACUUAAUCAUCAUCAUUCUCAACCGAUAGACGUCUACUGUUGGUCAUAGGUCUCUUGUUUGCUACGGAAUAUUAUUUUUAUCAUCUCAGUGAAGGAGCAAUGUAGAAUCAACCAAUGUCUAUGAGUCCAGGCUUUUAUUUAGUGAUGAACAGUGAGUAAGCGAAUGACCCUAUAGGACGCGUAUUGUACCUACUUAAAUAUGAAUAUCUGUUCAUUAUUAACUUCCUUGUAAUAAUUGAGUAGAAAGGUAGAGAUGUUAUUUUUAAUUUUAUCGUGUACACUUAGAACAAUAAUACUGCGCGUAGACUGGAAUAUUACAUGUAGAACUUUAUAUAUUUUUAAUAUACAGGCAUUUUUGUAAUUUUUAUUGAAUGAAAUAAAAAAUAAGAUUAUAA